AUGUUGCAGAUGCUCAGUCUAACUGCCCAGACGACAGACCAAAAGGACUGGCCAGGCAUUGUGAGGAACACCCUUCUACCCAGGGCUGUUGACAACCUACUGCAUCAGAGCCAAAAACAACUGGACAACAAAGGAAGAGUACUACUGACUCAUGACUCAAGCGAGAGUUAUGGCUACAAAGAGCUCACCAAGAUCAUAAUAUUCCUGGCCCACAACCUCAUGGGUCUGAAACAGGAGACAGAGGGGAGGAGGGCUGUCAGUGCAGUGCCAGAGGAAAAUGAGGCUGCAGCAGAGCCAGUGAGCAAGGCACCACAUCAUGAAGCAUGUAGUAGCCUGGACAUCGCCUUUGAGGAAAUCUUACAAGAGAGGCAGUCACAGGGACGGUCCGUGAGUACCACAUCAGCAGAAACUCAAGUGCAGACCUACCUCUCAGAAAAAAACACCCCUAAGAAAAGCGACCCACUUCAGUACUGGAAAGAACAUGCUAUUCAGUUUCACUCUAUGGCUGCUGUUGCAACCCAGUAUCUCAGUGCCCCCUGCAGCUCUGUGGACAGUGAGAGACUUUUUAGUGCCGUUGCAAAUGUCCUUGAUGAGAACAGAAACAGGCUCAAACCUGACAAGAAGUAUCGGAUCGGGACUCGGUAUCGGUAGAUACUCAAAAUCAAAUGACUCGGACUCGGACUCAAGGGCAAAAAAACCUGAUCGGGACAUCCCUAGUUA